GGGUUGCACACAGGAGCCUGCGAGUGGAAGUCUCCGUGCAGCCAGCGUCCCACGAGGCGGGCAGCGAGGUCAGCCUGGCCGCUGCCGUUGCCUCUCCAGCCCAGACCCGGCCGGCCGCAGGCAGCGCCGCCCCGCACCCGGGAGGGCAUGGCCGAACCAGAGGGCAGCGGGCUGCAGGUGCUGCUGCACACGCUUCAGAGCUCCUCCGACCGGGCGUCCAUCCUGAGCAUCCUCCAGGUCCUCGGGGAGCUGCUCUCCGUCGGCACGGACAGGCGGAUCCACUACCUGAUCAGCAAGGGGGGCAGCGAAGCCCUCCUGCAGACCCUGGUGGACACGGCCAGGACCGCGUCUCCGGACUACGGCAUCCUCCUGCCCCUCCUCCGACUGCUGGCCAAGGUCGGCCUGCGAGAUAAGAAGUUUGGACAGAAGGCCCUGGAAUUGGAAGCACUCGACGUCACGUUGAUUCUCGCCAGGAAGAACCUGUCCCACAGCCUGAACCUCCUCCACUGUCUCUGGGCCCUGCGCGUGUUCGCCUCGAGCGUCACCACGGGAGCCAUGCUGGGAAUCAAUGGAGCCAUGGAACUGCUCUUCGAGGUCAUCCCCCCGUACACCAGGAAGCGUACCCGCAUCAUCAGGGCAGCCGCGGAGGUUCUGGCGGCCUUGCUGAAAUCCAAGUCUAACAGCCGCAGGGUGGUGAACAGGGGCUACGUCGCCAGCUUGCUCCGGCUGCAUCAGGACUGGCACAGCCACGACACGGCCAACAGCUACCUGCCGAUCCGCCGGGCACUUCUGCUCUGCCUCAAGCACAUUGCCACCCUCCAGUCUGGCAGGGAGGCCUUCCUGGCAGCGCAGGGCAUGGAGAUCCUCUUUAGUAGCACACAGGGGCGCCACAGACGCCGGAAGGAAAUGACGCGAUCUUCCCUUUCUGCAGGGCUUCCUGGAGGACAGGAGCCUGGAACCCGUCACGUCCGUCGCGCUUCAGGUCCUGAGGCAGUGCUACCCCAAGAGCCCCCUUCCCUUGGUCACGGCCAGCAGUGCCUACGCCUUCCCCGCCCCCGGCCACCUCCCGUCGGAACCCCCACGCGUUCUCGCCGAAGAGACUUUGAAGAUGAUGGUGACGAAGAAGAGGACAGAGACUCCGAUUCUGAAGAUGCGAAAGAGGAAGACGAUGACUUGGAAACAGACGUCAACAAGCUGAGCGCCAAACCUGGACUUGACCGCCCGGAAGAGGAGCUGAGGCAGUACGAGGCCAUGUGCCUUGAGCUCUCCUGCAGCUUUGAGGACCUGGAGCCCACACCCGGAGAUGACGUCCACCCCGACGCCAACCACCUCCACAUUCCAACCGCCGCCUCCCUGAAGCAGCGUCGCCUGGAUGAGGACCAGAGCUCCCGGGGACGGGAGAGGGAAGCUGCCCCCGAGACGUCCCUCCUGAGCAAGGCCAAGACGGGGAGGUCCCCCGUGCACCCCGUUUCCAAAAACGGACCUGGAACGAACCCGCACCCACACGCCCAGCCCAACGGGCUUGGGGUGGAUCCUUCCGGAAAGGAAGUCCUUGACCUUGAGACUCUCCUCCAAGAGGAUGCUUGGGACAUGGGCAUGACCUCCUGUGCAAGGACAGGCGCCUCCCUUCCCAGCUCCACUCCCCCUGGGGGCACUGCGGACGGAAUCCAUGAGCUUCUGCAGACACACCCCCAGCACGUCCCCUUCCACGACCCCUUUGUCUAUCUGGCCAAAGCCAGAGGCACCAAGUCCGUGGCUGACUUCAAGACGCCGGCGUUCCCUGACCUUUGGGGCCACUGCCCAUCGCACUCCCCGGAGCCCUUGCUGGAACGCAAGCGUGGGAUCCAAAGGGUCAAGAUACUCGAGGACAUCCGGAGGCUCCUUCAGCCCAGCGACGUGAUAGACAAAGUCGUCUUCAGUUUAGACGAGCCUUGCCAAGGCACGGCUCCCAACUGCCUGUGGUUCUCCUCCAAGUUCGAGUCGGGAAACCUGCGCAAAGCCAUCCAAGUGCGUGAGUUUGAGUACGACUUGCUGAUCAACACUGACAUCAACUGCACCCAGUACCAGCAGUGGUUCAACUUCAAGGUGCGCGGCAUGAGGGCCGCCACCCCGUACCGCUUCAACAUCAUCAACUACGAGAAGCCCAACAGCCAGUUUAACUAUGGGAUGCAGCCCACCAUGUAUUCUGUGAAGGAGGCUCUUCUCGGGAGACCCACCUGGAAGCGGACGGGCUAUGAAAUCUGCUAUUACAAAAAUCACUACCGCGAGAGCAUGGCCGUCACGGGGGGCACGCCCAGGAAGUGCUAUUACACCCUCACCUUCUCCAUCACUUUCCCGCACCGUGGCGACGUCUGCUACCUGGCCUACCACUAUCCCUACACCUACACGGCCCUCAUGGCCCUGCAGACGGUCCACCGGACAGACUUGAGCAAACUGCGCACACCCUGCGGUCGCCUGGCACCCGAGAAAGCUGGCACCCCGUCCCUCGCCCCUAGCGAUCCCCCCGGGCACCCUGAGGAUUAA